AUGGCACCAAAAAGGAAGGUUAAUAGCAAGACUGCUAGUAAUAAGAAAGCUAAAGUCGAAGAACAUUUAUCUAUUGAGAAUAUUGAAGAAAUAGGAGAAACUAUUGUUGAGAAAUCAAGCUAUAAUGACAUAACGAAAUUGUUAGAUCAAUAUCAAUUGAUAAAGAAAAUACUAAUUAAAGAAGAAAAUACAGAAAUUGAAAGUUUAGGCCGUCAGUUAUCAAUUAGUUUAUUCCAAGUAUUCACAAAAUUAAUCAAAAAAGGUUUAACCACUAUCAGAAAAGCUGAUGAUGAAAAGAGAAUUAUAUUGGUUAAAUGGAUUAUCAAUAAGUAUGAUGACUUUAAAGAAAAUUUAUGCUGGUUCAUCACUAACAAAUUAUCAUAUAAAAGUUCUUUACAAUUAGAUUGUUUGGACAUUUUAUUGAAAUUAAUUAAGAUAGAAUCAUCAAAUAAUGUUAAUGAUAAAUAUUUCCCAUUAAUAACGUAUAGAAAAUUGGUUGAAGGUUUGUUACUCAGUCAAAAUGGUGAAAUCGUUAAUGAUACAAGCGAUAACUUCAUAAUAUUGGAAUUCAUGGAAUCAUUCCAAAAACACUAUGAUUUACAAUUUUACUUCUUCCAAGACUUGUCCAAAUUUUUAGAUGAUAACAAAGAUUCCAAGGAUUUGAUUUUCAGUAAUUUUUAUUUGAUUAUUAAAUCUCCAUUACUCCUUAUUGGGAACGAUGAUGCCUCAGAAUUGUCAACAUAUGUUAAAAACCCACCAUCAGCAAUUUCUAAAACCUCCACUUUCAAGCACAAUUACCAACAAUCAAUAAACUCAAUAUUGUCAUACGAUUUAUCCAUUAAUCAAUACAAAACCAUCUUAUCAAUUAUGAACAAAAGAAUCUUACCACUUUUAUCAAAACCAAGUAAUUUGAUGGAUUUCUUAACUGACUGUUAUAAUUUGAACUCCAAUUUAAUAAUUCAAAUUUUAUCAUUAAAUUCUUUAUACGAAUUAAUGAAAACUUAUAAUUUAGAAUAUCCUGAUUUUUACAAAAAAUUAUAUUCUUUGUUAACACCAGAACUUUUGAUAAACCGUUACAGAUCAAGAUUUUUCAGAUUAUGUGAUUUAUUCUUAACAUCUACUCAUUUAUCAGCAAAUUUGGUUGCUUCAUUCAUUAAAAAGUUGGCCAAAUUAUCGAUCGCUAGUAGUGCUUCAGGAACUAUCAUAGUGAUUCCUUUCAUUUACAAUUUAUUAAAGAGACAUCCUUCUUGUAUGAUUAUGAUCCAUAAUACAGAAGUUUCUAAUGACUACCAAGACCCAUAUAACGAUGAAGAAGAAGACCCAUUGAAAACUCAAGCCAUCCAUUCAUCUUUAUGGGAAUUAGAAGCAUUAAUGAACCAUUAUCAUCCAAAUAUAUCAACCUUAUCUGCUAUCUUCAAGGAACCAUUCAGAAAACCAAAUUAUAAUUUAGAAGAUUUCCUUGAUUGGAGUUACAAAAGUUUAUUAGAUAGUGAAUUAAACAAAAGGUAUAGAACAAUGACUGCUUUAGAGUAUGAAAACUGGGAUUAUUUAUUCGAUUCUAAUGAUAAAGACGAACAGAAAACUUGCUAUUUAGAAGGUUGGACUUUAUAG